AUGGACGUGGCCAUGGACUUCUACCUGGCUGUCCCGCUGCUCUUCACCGUCCUGGCCAUCGUCCUCGCCUCCGUCUUCGUGAGGCUGCGGAGAGGCGAAGGGGAGAGGGCGGCGGAACGGUCCCGGGAGCCGGCAGCGGCUGAGCCGGCCCGGGAGGGAGAAGCAGCGGCCGCGGGGCCGGAGGAGGAAGGGAGCCGGGCGCCGGUGGAGGAGGUCGGGGCGGGAGAGGAGGGGAAGGAGGCAGCUGGAAAGCAGCAGGAGGCGACGGCGGAGCUGGGCCCUGCGGCCGAGCCCAGCCCCGCGGCUCCCGAGAGCAUCCUCCAGCAGCCGCCGAGCGUUCCCCGGCAGCCUCCGGCCCCCGAGAGCGUCCCCCGGCAGCCACCGAUCCCCGAGAGCAUCCCUCGGCAGCCGCCCACCGAGCCCCGGGAGCCCAGUCACAGGGACGAUGAGGAGAGCAAGAUACCACCCUUGGGUGCCUCACCUGGGUCCAGCCAUGGGCACACAGGACAAGUGGAGGAGGGAUGUGACCAUUCAGCACUUUCCAGCAAGGAAGAGGAGGAAGAUCUGAACUCAGAAAAUGAGAAGCUGGAAGUGAGAGAGCCAGAGGAUGAGGAUGCUUCAGAUGAGAUGUUCUCAUUUAAAUACAGUCCUGGAAAGCUGAGGGGAAACCAGUACAAGUCAAUGAUGACCAAAGAAGAACUGGAGGAAGAGCAAAGGGUUCAGAGAGAGCAGCUGGCUGCCAUCUUCAGGCUCAUGAAGGAAAAAAGUGACACAUUUGGAGAGAUGUCUGAAGGAGACAUGAAGGAGCAGCUUAGACUGUAUGAUAUAUAA